UCUUGGAUUUUUUAUGAUUCUUGAUUUUUUUUGGGUUUUUGUCACUAUGUUGUGUUGUGGGUCUGUAAGUUAUUGUGUGAAAUGAGUUAGGUUGGAUUUUUGUUAGUUAUAGUAAUUGUUAGGAUUGAUAAUGAUAUGAUAUGAGCUUAAAUGAAAAAAUCGGGAUUCAUAUAGCUGACUCGAACUUGUUUGGUGUUGUUGUUGUAUAAUAAUUGUGAGAAUUCCAGCUAUGUGAGGUUUUAUAAACGUUAGUUUACUUUUUAGUUCAAAUAAAGGAAGAUAGUUGUGUUAGGACAAAUAUAUACACAAGAUUGAGGCAUAGUUGAGUAUUCUGAGUAUACAGAAAAUUCGUAUAACUGAUCUCAACUAGUUUGGAAUUCAGGCUUAUUUGAUUGAGAGUGAUGAUAGGGAAUGAUUGUGUUGGGUUUUGAGUUGACUUUUGUGUUGUGGCUAAUGAUAGUAAUUUGAUGUCUUUUAUGAUGGCUUACUGUUGGACUUUCUCAGUGUUGGGGUUUAUACUUUAUUGAUAAUGAUAAUGUUUAAUAAAUAUGGUCUGCUGCUUUUUAGCUUUGAGAGAACAAUAUUUGACUAUGUGUCUCUAAUUGCAUUUACACUUAUGAGUGGUGACAUUUGAAGGUAUACUAUGUUUCAUUCUUUGGCUAAUGAAGCAAAGAACAUGUAUUUUCCACGUCAUCUGAUCUUUUCUCAUUAGCAAUCGAAGGAAGGGGUAGAUCAUGUUCUACUUUUCCAAAUCUUUCAAGAUCCACAUCAAAAGCUUUCUCAUCUGUGUGAUUUAGAUGAACUAAGCCCCCCUUCUUUUCUUGGCAGUUAUCAUACUGAUACAAAUUUGGCUGUCUGUGUUGUCCCUAACAUGGUGUGAAUGAUGUUCUUCACUUCUCUAGUUUAAGUUUUAAAUGCUGUCAAUGGAUAUUGCUUGCUUGGGUGAUUAAAUUGCCUGGUUUAAUCAACCAGACUGGUUAAGGAGUUGUUGAAACAGAUGGAAGGGAAGCAGCACACACCAAGUGUUAUAGCAAGGUUGAUGAGCCUUGACGAGCUUCCACCUCGGCAGCACCUCCCUGUUAAGAGAAGGAGAGUACUCUCUGAGAACUAUCUCCAGAAAAUGGCUUCUAUAGGUUUGCGAGAGAAGAGUUCAUUUUCUGUUGGCCUCUCCCGUGGAAUAAACACUCAGAAGCAUCAAAUAGUUAAAGAUGUAUCUGCAGCGAAGUUGAAGAUGCGGAAAUAUACUAAUUCGAGUGUUACUUCUAUAAAGGAGAAACAUUCUUAUCUUAUGGACUUCGAAGGCACCUCAGAAAGUUUACUUUCAACCAAGCAUUUGCGUGAUCUACAGGCUUAUAAACCCUAUUGCCAUCCAGUUCACUCAGCUGUAGCUAAACCAAUAAGCAAGAUGUCUGCUAAGACUACCGCUAAAGAAAAGACUUUGAGAUCUCUUCAGACACUUGAGAUUGGUUCACCUAAGGAUGACAUUGGAGAAUGUUCUAUUCAUCACUUGAAGAAAAUAAACUUUCAGCUUGAUCCAAAUGAAAACAUGCCUCAUCCGUCUACAAGAGUUAUUGUGGUCAAACCUAGUUCUGGAAAGUAUCGUAAAACCAAUCAUCAGUCAGUUUCUCUUAGGCAUGGUUUGCAGUCCGUUCCCGUUGAUUUGAAGUACAAGAAAUUCGCCGAACAUGAAAAUGGGGCAGUACAUAAUGAGAGACCAGGAAGAGCAGAAAGCAUCAGUGACACUUUUCUGAAGGCCGACGCUCUAAAGCUGCCUUCUUCAAAAUUAUUUAGUACACAAAGAAAAGAUAAUACACUAAAUUUCUUUUCAAAGAGGUCAUCUUUUUCCAAAGAAGUCAAGAAGCAAACCAUUGAAAAAUGGAAGCUGAUGAAUGAUCUUCAAGAAGUUGAAACAACUUGUAGAAGCCAAAAUCUUGGAGAAAUGCUUGCUACGGAUGACUUAGAAACUAGGCCUCAAUUUUUGGACUCCAAGCGUGACUCGCAAAGGUUUUGCAGUUCAUCCAGUGUGAACACUCAGAACUCAGGCUCGUGCAGCAAGGAUUCGCUAGUUCCAAAUCAUUCUGCUGGUUCUAGGAUAGCCUCUGGAAGUCCUGAAGGUAUGAUCGGCCAUAAAGCUUCUCUAUAUGGCUGGCAUCCAAGGCAGAAAGUAGCUGUUGCUGAGAAACAUUCCAAGUCCAUGAACCAAAAACAGAAAGAUAAUAUGGAAUAUAGAGACUUGAACUUGAAGGAAACCGAUCAGCAUAGUCCAAAUUCAGUUCUGGAGCCACCUUUCCAGGAAGAGGAACCCUAUACCUCUGCGUUCCACGGCCUAUGUAGUGUAGCACGGCAACUUCAGUUUCUUGAGACCAACUCUGAGGAAACAUAUUCAGAAGGAUCUGAAAUGGGUGUCUCAACUGAUGGAGACUCCGAGACUGGGUCUCCAGAUCUCCUUCAAGAUAGUGAAAACAUUUUGAAAGACUUCAAAACUGCAGAUGGCAGGGACUUCUCCUACCUAGUUGAUGUUUUAGAUGAAGCCAGUUUGCACGGCAUAAACCUAGGAAUGUGUUUUGAGACAUGGCAUUCUCUGGAAUGUCCCGUGAAUCCCUCAGUGUUUGACUUGUUAGAGAAGAAAUACGGGAAACAAACAUCUUGGCUAAAAUCAGAGAGGAAACUGCUGUUUGACCACAUAAAUUCAGGGCUAAGUGAGAUUUUGCAUUCAUUUCUGGAGAUCUACAUAAUGGGAAAAUCUUUUAAGAGAAGGUGUUGUUCUACGAUGAGGAGAACUGAUAUUGAAGAAGAGCUGUGGAGGAUGCUGGUUAGUCAUGAAAAUGAAAUACGCAAGGACUUGUCUGGGAAGGCAAUUGGAAAUGAAACCAAAUGGUUGCAGGUCGAGGAGGAAAUUGGUAGCAUAUGCAGAGAAAUAGAGAAAUAUUUGUUGGAGGAGCUAGCUGCAGAAUUAGCUACGCAUUGAGAGUGUAUAAAAUGGGAUUUGGCCGCUAAAGUUUUCCUACUACUUCCCUCCUCAAGUUACUGGGAAUAGAUAUAGUUUUUUUUCAACAGCAUUUUUGAUCUGAAAGUAUAGGAUUUUGUGUAGAAAAUCUGAAAGACGUGGCACUGUUUAUUCUUAUAUUCAUUUAAACAUGGUGUGCAGUUCUUGAAGGAUUAUUUUUUCUAUAGAUUAUCACCCAUGCUUAUGCAUGAAGAUACAUGUAGAAAGAUUUGGUGUAAACAACUAAAUAUCAAUACUAUUGAUAUAUUUUUGAAGGCUGAGAGCCAGAAGUUGAAAAGGAGUUAUCGUUGA